AUGCUGGCGAUUACAAAUGUUACAAAUGAUAGCAUUACUCUUCCCUCUCCACUGCGGAGGCGAUUUUCCCUUUUUGUGUGCAUACAACUGUUUAUUCUCCUUUUAUCAGUGGUGAAGCCUGUGGGUGGGUUAGUUGUUAGUAGUCGCCUAAAGAAGCUGGAGUUAGCUCUAGCAACGCAAGACAGAAUAUGUUCUAUGGACCACGUGGAGACCAAGACGAGCUACAGAGAGCUCAUCGGAACACUAACAGACAUUUCCUUUGGCGCCACGGGCCAUAGCAGCAAGAUCUACACUGGCUUCAAGGUUCAUCGAAUUUAUCACUUUGGAAAGAUGCUCAGCAAGGCAAAACCGUCAUUGCAGUUGAGUUUUUGUGAGCAUGGAAAAGUGAAAUGGCAGACUGAACUUGAAUAUCGCUCAGACAUUGAUUGGGAUCUUCCUUUUUGUGUCUAUAGCCAAGACAUCGAGGGGGUCGGUGAUCAAGGGCAUUCUCGCAUUUGGGGCGCUUUGAAGAAGGGUAAUCGUAAUCAAGAUACAGUGAAAGGGCCUUCCUUGAAAGAACUCGCGCGCCAGGAUACAGCGAACUUUCACUGUUUCAAGAUGGCUAGGAGAGAGAAGUAUACAAAACGCAGUACUUCAAUUUAUUUGCCAAAUGAGUGGGUUGGAGGUCUGUUCUAUUGCGAUUUGACGCCUGAUGGAAAAUCUAGGCUCCUAGACCAAAUGGGUGACGAUUUACACAUUGAUGCUACCAAAAGUCACGGAGUGUGCAACAGGGCCAAUGCAAUUCCUUUACAGCCGCUUAUCUCAGACAGCUAUCGUAGGCACUGGACGUCACUAAAGCCAGGAACACGAAUCCCAUUUUUGAGGCGUAUCACAAGGACCAACAUGGACAAGGUGAUACCUUUCCUGCAUACACCAAAUAGUGACUCAGAUUUUGGUAAUUUUACAACUAAAAAUGACAUUACUGUUAGUAAGUCGAGCACAAAACUCCGCAGCAAUUGGCUUUCUGCUGUCAAUUGGCUUUUUGCCUCAAAAGUUGAGGAACACUUAUGGUUUAAUGAAGUUGAAGUUGAGGAAUCUUAUGGGGUGAUGAGCGCACAAAACAACUUGACAAAUGCAAGUUAUAUUGAUAUACUGAAAAUUAAACACUGA